GCCCGGGCGCGGCGGCGGCAGCGGCGGCGGCGGAGGAGGAUGGCGCGCGCGGGGCCCGCACGUGGAGGCCGGCGCGGGGGCGCUGCUCGGGCGGGCUGCUGAGAAGCGCUGCUGCCCCCCGCGCGGGCGCCGCGGCUUCAAUGGCGCCAUCGCCCAGAACCGGCAGCCGGCAAGAUGCGACCGCUCUGCCCAGCAUGUCCUCAACUUUUUGGGCGUUCAUGAUCCUGGCGAGCCUGCUCAUCGCCUACUGCAGUCAGCUGGCCGCCGGCACCUGUGAGAUCGUGACGCUGGACCGGGACAGCAGCCAGCCGAGGAGGACAAUCGCCCGGCAGACGGCUCGCUGCGCCUGCAGGAAGGGGCAGAUUGCAGGGACCACGAGGGCCCGGCCCGCCUGCGUGGACGCACGAAUCAUCAAGACAAAGCAGUGGUGUGACAUGCUCCCGUGUCUGGAGGGAGAAGGCUGUGACUUGCUCAUCAACCGGUCUGGCUGGACGUGCACGCAGCCCGGAGGGCGAAUAAAGACCACCACGGUCUCCUGACAAAUACAGACCCGGAGGGGCCUGAAGAGUGACCUUGGCUCCCUGGAGACUUCACACCAGCCCCCUUUUUCUGGCCACCGAGGACACUACAGUUCUCCGCCACCCACCCUCCAUUUCUCUUGGCCCAUAAUGGACGGAUGGCCCAUGUCCUAGGCGUCCUAAACUGAGUCUGUCCAGCUGUACUGAGGAGCCUGGCCCAGGACGCAGGUGGGACCACAGCAGGCAUCCUGGGAGCCUGGCCAGGAGUGUUCCCCACGUAGCAGCAACAGGAGGAGGAGGAGGCAGCUGGAGGGGCCUGCCCCUGGCCAGCCCCAGCGGAGGAGGACGACGCCCCACCCGAGGGACAACAGAAGUGGUCUCUCCUUGUGCCCCAGACUGUCUGAAUUGCUUUUAUUUUCUUAUCCUUUCAGUAUACUCAAUAGACCAAAGAGCAAAAUCUAUUUUAACGCACGAACUCGCCCUCUUUGUCGUCAGAGUCCCUGGGUCUGACUGGGGGGCACGGGAGCAGAGACAUGCUGGCAGGCACUGCAGGGGCCUUCACCUCACGGACACUGCGCUGCACCCCGCAAAGGGCCAGCCUGCCAGAGGGCCCCGCAUGCCCCUGCAGGACACAGCCCAAGAUGUCCCUGGACGGACCGACCCCCCCAGGGGCCGCAGAGCGCAGUGCAUUGCCAGCGCCUCUGUGCUUGGAUGGACUUGACCGUACUAAAAUCAUUUCUGUUUUAACCAGUUAAACAUGCCUCUUCUCCAGCUCCAUUUCUGAUAGUUGGAUAAUCCAGUAUUCGCCAAGAGCAUGUUGGGUCUCCCUCCCCGUGACUGCUGUCUCAUCCAAUACACCAUUUAGCUCAGAAAGCAAAUUAAAGAGAACUAAAGUAACACUUGUUUGAAAGAGAUCAUUAAAUGUAUUUUGCAAAGCCUAAAGUUAUAUAUUUAACAGUUUUUAUAUGUUGUAUAUUUGUAGAAAAUCCUAUUUAACAAUUUCAUGUGGUAGCCUGCCCACCUGCUGUCCAAGGAGGGCAGGCAGAAUUCCUCCCUGGGUGGGGGGGGUGUUCCUGAAGGUUCCGGAUGGGUGUGGCGGGGAGCUGCGGUCCCUGGGUCUUGGAGAGCCAGGCACUGGUGGAGAAGCUGUACUGGGGGUCAGUGAACCCAGAACAGGUUCAUGGUGUCCUGGGCUGGCAAGUGGGGUGUUUUUGCAGAUGUGCUUGGCAUAGUGGUGUCUCCUCCCACCCUCUGUAGUGUUGACACUGAGUGUGUGCACUUGACUGUGACUAUCUCUCUCUCUCUCCCUCUCUCUCUCUCUCUCUCUGGAGUCCCUCUCCCUUUCUCUUGCCUUUCUCACACUUGUAGAUCUUGAGGACCCUUUUAUGCCAAUCUCUUCUUCCCUGUGGGAUGUACCUCUUGUCUUCAAGUCCUCUGUCUUCGUGUCAGAAGUUUCCAGAAAAACUGGGAUGGAUGCACAGAGACCCAUCCUCAUGGGGUCCCCAGACCCUGGUGAGGACUUUAGGAUCUCCCUCCUCUGCUUACCUUCCACCGAAUUCCUUCACAUUUCUGAGUUCCUGCUGAAGUAUACUACCUACCAGUCCAAUUAACAGGAGUACUAUGCUAGUUAUCUGCUACUAAAAAAAAAAAAAAAAGAAAAGCAAAAAAAGAUAUAUAUAUAUAUUGACUAUAUAGAAGCUGAUCCAACCACCCAUAGACUAAAGAUAGGAGAAAACACCCAUUUAUUUAGGGCCAGUGUCCCUGAGUAUUUAAGUGAUGCCUCAGUCCUCCAAAUUGAGAGGGGUGUGUGCUCUGGAAUGGAGGAAACAGUCAGAGUUAGGGAUGCACGGGGCCCCUCUUGGCUGGCCAGCUCCAGGCUCCAUGCCCUGGGCUAGCUCCUGGCUGCUCUGCCAGCCUCCCUGCCCUCCCCCACACCCACCCUGGCCUGUUGCUUUGGACAGCGAGUGUAGACACCUUUGAGGGCAGAGACCGAAAGAUUUAAGAUGUUACAGCAUUUUUUUUCUUUGUUUUACAGUAUUUGAUUUUGUGUUGACUCAGCUAAAUUAUGGAAAUAAAGACAAAAAAUCCUUUGAUAAGUA